CAUGUAUAUAAUGGCGUUUGCAUACAUUGUCAAAAUAUUAAGAGUUACAUUUCAAUGGUUGGUGGUGUUUUAAUUCUUAUCGUGUAAACCACAUUGAACUCCCCUUCUCGUCUCAUGUGCAUGCGUGCAAAAUCAUUUGAGCAAUUCCAGGCAGGCAGAACAACAUUGCCGAAAUUAUUUUGACAGUUGUGGCGAAGGGGCAAAUCGGGAGCAUCUUGUUAGUGACCUGGUUUGCAUCGGAGAGCGCUGCCCGAGCUGUUGUUGCUCAUAAGAUAAUGGAUAAAAAGGCAAUACUGAGCAGUGACGAGGAAAGAAUGGGGAAAGGGGGAGAGGGUGGUGACAGAAAACGAGAGCAGUCAGAGCUCCUGUCAUCUUAAUCUCUGAUUAUUUGAUCUGUCAGUCUUGAAGCAAAUGAAAGGCAGGGGAGGAGUGUCCAGCGAUACUGUGAUGACUGCUGGCUCCAGCGAGUGUCACUGAAAGAUCAUGGACUGUGUGUUGGGUGCAAUAAUAAAUAAAACGAGACACCCGUUUUCAAACAAAGAGAUUUUUCAAGACAAAACCGCACUUGUAGGAGUUGCAUAUUGGUGUGUAUACGAUAAUGAUUUAUUAACAAAACAAGUGUAUAUGAUAAAGAUUUUAAGAAGUAAUGGUUUUUAAGAGCGCGUCCCCUAAUGCGAUGUAUUAAGACCACCGCUACACGUAGACAGCACACAAUGAAAAGGGCGGUGGCACUCUGAAGACUACAGCCUUGUCUUCAUUCCAAUUUUCCUGAGCGUGUCAUACGUGUCACCAUAAAUGAAUAAAUACAGCCCAAUCGAUCGAGAAAACCAUUCCUGAAACUAUAUUAUAUUCCUGUGAUGAGUAUCAGGUUUCUCUCAGAUUGUCGCUGUUUUUUAUUCAGAGGUGCUGAAAAGGCAGCCAGCAGUCUAUGAGAGGGAGUGCUACUCCCCUCCCCCGCAGCACAGAACAGUGCACGGGAGAAAGAGAGGGAGGGGGAGGAGGACAGGGGAGAGAGCAGGGAGAGAGAGAGAGCGAUAGGCAGCACCCGUGUAAGGGAAACAAGAGUCAGCCGCACGAAGGAGAGAAAAAUAUCAGCAGAAGCUACCCACAAAGGAGAGAAUAUGGAUGUAGUGGGAAAAUGUCCGUUUAAUGAGGCAGCGGAGAGGAGACAUUGGUCAUCCUGCACAUAGUCGACUGUCAGCGGGCAACUCUCCCCUUUUUUAAUGCUGUGGCGGGAGUAUUCGCAAGGCAAGCUCAAAAGACGGAAAGCUGUUUAUAAUCCGUCUGCGGAUCUUGCCAGUUUGCGAUGGCUGUUGCGGGGCGAUGUAGCAACAUAAACGAGUAUGUGCCUCUUUUUUUUUAUUUUGUUAUAGUUUUACUAAGUGGCCUUACAAAUGCACAAAUUAAGUAUUCUAUUCCAGAGGAGCUGGAUUCCGGAGCUUUCGUUGGAGACAUCGUUAGGGAUUUAGGACUAGAGCUGAGAAAGCUCUCAACACGGAGGAUCCGUAUCUCCUCCGAUAACAGGAGGUAUUUUAAUAUUGAUCACAAAAACGGGAAGCUAUUCGUUAGCGACAGAAUCGACCGUGAGACGCUGUGCGAUUACAGCGGCUCCUGCCUUCUCAAUCUCGAAGUGGUCGUUGAAAAUCCACUCGAGGUGCACAACGUGGAGGUGGAGAUUUUGGACGCGAACGACAACUCCCCGCUAUUCCCCCGAGACGAGUACCAGCUGGAGAUCUCUGAGUCCGCGCCCGCUGGGACCAGGUUUCCCAUCGAGGGUGCACAGGACACGGACGAUGGCUCCAAUUCGGUGCGCCUCUAUCGCCUCAGCCCUAACGAGCACCUCGCACUCGAGUCCAACAAGCCCCCGCCUAAUGGAAAGCACAUCGAACUGAUAUUAAAAAAGCCUCUGGAUCGCGAGCAAACGUCUUCACAUCAGCUAAUUCUGACAGCCGCGGACGGAGGCACAGCAUCGCGCACUGGCACAGCAAAGAUUUACGUGCGCGUUUUGGACACAAACGACAACGCGCCGGUGUUCGACAGCUCUGUAUACAAAGUAAAACUGAGGGAGAACUCGCCCUUGGGCGCGUUGGUUAUAAAACUCAGCGCCACAGAUAGGGAUGAGGGCACAAAUGGAGAGGUUUACUACUCCUUCAGCAGCUACACUCCAGAGAGAGUUCGCCAGAUGUUCACCAUGGACUCUGACAGUGGGGAGAUCAGGGUCAGGAGCAAUGUUGACUAUGAGGAGACCAAUACUUAUGAAAUGUACAUCCAGGCUAUGGACAGAGGCGCAGGUGCUGUUGCAGUCCACUGUAAGGUGGUGGUGGAAGUGCUUGACGUGAAUGACAACCCCCCAGAGAUCUUGCUGUCCUCCCUGUCCAGCCCAGUGAGGGAGGACGCGAGGGCGGACACUGUGGUAGGGCUGAUCAGUGUGUCCGACCGCGACUCGGGCCAAAACAAACAUGUCACCCUGGACAUCAUCCCUCCCAACCUCCCCUUCAAGAUCAAGCCCUUUCGGACCCAUUACACCAUAGUCACCUCAGCCUUCCUGGACCGAGAGGCCAUUCCGUUCUACAACGUGACCGUGACGGCCAGCGAUGGUGGCAGCCCCUCCCUUUCCUCCCAGAUGGCCGUGCGUGUGGACGUGGCCGAUGUGAAUGACAACCCUCCGCGCUUUGAGCAGACCUCUUACACCGUUUAUGUCACGGAGAACAAUGCCCCCAGUGCUCCGCUGUGUGUCGUGAAGGCCACCGAUCCAGACGCGGGCGAGAAUGCCCGCAUCACCUACACCGUCCUCAACGACAACAACCACGGCAUCUCGGUGGCCUCUUAUGUGUCCAUCAAACCGGACACCGGUGAGGUUUAUGCCUUGCGCUCAUUUGACUUUGAGAAGCUGCGCGAGUUUCACUUACAGGUGAAGGCGCAGGACAAUGGCGUUCCCCCGCUGAGCCGCGUGGCCAUCGUCUAUCUCUACGUCAUGGACCAGAACGACCACACGCCGUACUUUGUGCACCCGGUGCCGAACGGCACACAACCCGCCGAGAUGGUGAUGCGAAACGCAGAGGCUGGCGUGCUGGUGACGCGGGUGGCGGCCUGGGACGGAGACGCCGGGCAGAACGCCUGGCUCCUCUACGGCCUGCAGCACCCGGCCGAACUGGACCUGUUCAAGGUGCACGAGCACACGGGCGAGAUCCGCACCACCCGCCGCGUCGUGGAGGACAACUCGACCCUCUUCAGCCUGGUCGUGCUGGUGAAGGAUCACGGCCUGCCCCCGCGCUCCUCCACCGCCACCGUCAAUGUGGCCGUCAUGGAGAUCCCGCCCAAGGUGACCCCCGACCCCAAGCGCAUCAUCCGCCCGAACGGCACGCUCCCCUUCACCAACGUCACGAUCUACCUGAUCGUGGCUCUGAGCGCCACCACCUUCGUCUUCCUGGUGACGGUGGUGGUGCUGGCCAUCGUGAAGUGCCAUGCAUACUGCAGCCAGCCCGGAGCCUGCUCCUGCUCGACCUGCUGUGGAUGCAAGAAGUCCCCCAAGGAGGGCGGCGCUGCAGGAGGAGGGGGUGGUGGGGGUGGGUCAGGUGGAGGUGGGGGUGGUGGGGGUGUGGGUGGGGGCGUAGGCGCCGGGGGCAACCAGCAGCCCAACAACAGCGUGGCCUUGCGGCGAGACCUCAACGUGGAGCCUCACUACAUAGAGGUGCGGGGCAACGGCUCAAUGACCAAGACGUACUGCUACAAGACCUGCCUGACUGCCACGUCGGGCAGCGACACCUUCAUGUUCUACAACACGGGCCGGCCCAUGAGCGGGACUUGGGGCUCGGGACAGCAAAGCUUCUUCACGGGACAGCACAGCAGUCAGUUCGUGCGGCGGCUCAGCAUGCCUGAUGCCACCGCCAUCCAGCCCAAGCCUCCCAAUUCGGACUGGAGAUACUCGGCCUCCCUGAGGGCAGGAAUGCAAAGCUCGGUGCAUAUGGAGGAGUCCUCGGUGAUGCAGGGAGCCCAGGGGGUCCUGGUCCAGAACUGGCCGACCGUGUCCAGCGCUGCCGAUGGUGACGGUGGAGAGGUGUCUCCGCCCAUGGGCGCCGGCGUGGACUCCGGCAGCUGGCACUACCGCUACGGCCCCACCGGCCCCCAGCACCUGAAGCCAGGCGAGAUGCCCCCGGAGGCCUUCAUCAUCCCGGGCUCCCCGGCCAUCAUCUCCAUCCGCCAGGGCCAGGAGGGCGACGACAAGAGCGACUUCAUCACCUUCGGCAAGAAGGAGGAGGCCAAGAAGAAGAAGAAGAAGAAGAAGGAGAAGAAGGACAAGCGGGAGAAAGGGAAGGACGAUGACGAUUAGAGGAGAGGAGAGGAGAGGAGUGGAGAGGAGAGAGAGGGAUGGUGGAGGGAUAGAUUGGAGACUUUUAAGACAGAGGUACCAACACCAAAUGUAAACGCCAACGGGAGGGCCAGAACAACAUCCAAAGAGAAGGAGAAAACCCCCACCACCGCAGGCAGGCUUGUUGUGUGCUCACACACACUCACGGCUCCAGCUGAUUUCCCCACAUUUGAGAUUCGGCCUUAAAUUGAUUCUCCUCACCCCUAGCUAAUUGCAGAGGGUUUUAAUCGGUCAUGCCUUCAGAGAUUAAUUCUCCUCUAUCGCCUGUGUGCCUGAGAGUCCACUCUACUGAUUUAGAGUGGGAGGGGUGACAUCGGCCCCCCCCCCAUCCCAUCCCAUCCCAUCCCCAUCUGCCUCCUUGGCUGGUGUUGGCACCUCUGUCUUACUUGGUCCUACUCGUUUUGUUUUUUCCAAGCAUGGGAAACAAACACAAAACAAGAAUAUCAUCAUCAACAUCAACAACAACAACGACGACAACAACAACAAAACAAGCUAUGUGGCACUCCUGUGUUAAUAGAAAGUUGUGUUUUGAGAAAGAGAAAGCAAGCAAAAAAAAAAAAGAAUAAUACAGGAGGCGAGAAAGAAACCUCUCGAGUGAAAUGCAUGUUAUUAGGGAGUAGGACACAUGCUCUUGUAAAUAUGUCGGGUCACAAGAUGGCCACCGUCUGUAUGUAAAGCAAAGUGGCACGGUCAUCGCUUCUGCUUGUUCUACUCUGUCAGUGUUCUCCAGACGGAAACAAAACGGACCCUUGUUCAGAUCAUGAAAGGACACCCAAUUAUU